AUGAUACAGUCUACAACGAAAACUGUAGAUGUUAAUUAUGGUAAAGCUUCUGAUAUAGAUUGUAGCGCCAGAUCAAUGCCAGAAUCGAUUUAUUACUUUCCUGUUGGUAAUCCAACAGAACCUCUCAUUCAAACUUUACGCAUUUUAAGGAGGGCUAAUUUCUUUUGGAGUAGACACUACGAUUCUGAGUUAUUUCAUCAAAAACAGAUUGAAUGUGCGGUCUAUUUUUAUGGAUUAGUGCCUUAUAUUACAAUUUUGGAACCCCUGGUACGUGUCAGCUACAUUUACAACAGGAACCCAUCGUCAAUAAAUAAGAACCUUUUGAUCAAUAUCUACGUGACAAUUUAUUCUGCCCUAGAGAGUUUAAGACAAUAUAGCGAGUACAACUACAAUGAGCUGACAGAGGUUUCUAUAAGGAGAAGUUUACGUUCCAACUGUUGCAUACCACUACCUGCCAACAUUGUUUAUUGGUAUCUCAGGGUUUAUACUUUCAUGACAUCAAAAGAGAGACACACCAGUUCAGAGAUUUGUAUGUAUUACGGAUCCUUGAAUACAAAUGAUCAUGUUCAAACUAUUCCGAAUGGAACAGGUUCCAAUGUUACUAAGACCCUUCCAAAAAAUGACUCAGAAGGUGAUUGUGAAAAUGUUCAACAAACAGCAGGAUUUACCCAUUCACAAUCCGCGAACAUACCAAAGGUUCUACCUAUAACUUCUAAAGAAGGCGAAUUUGCACAAUGUGCAGAUUAUCUAAUGGAUUCUACAUAUCAUUUAGAGGAUAAUAAGACAUCAAAUAACGUCACCUUUCCAAUAAUGGAACACUUUGAUGGUUCUACAGUCCCGAGGAACCCACCAGGGAAUGAGCGUCUAAUGGUUCACAACAGUGACGAGGAUAAUGUUGCAAAUAUCGGUGAGUCCAUAGAUACUAGAUACGCUGUGCUUGUUUUCAUAUUCAAGAGAAACGACAAUCGUAGUAAAGUUCACAAUUCACCCAGACAUCUAUCAUACAGAAGAGGUACAAGCGAAGCUGCUGCCGAGAAAAGGUCAGUUAUUUCAACCUUUUAG